UCACCAUACGUGACGUGCGCCGAGGGGAGGUGAUUGUGAGAGGAAGAUGGCGGCCUCUAUCCGGGAGAAACAGACGGUUGCCCUAAAACGUAUGUUGAAUUUUAAUGUUCCUGUUGUCAAGAGCAGCACAGGGGAACCGGUAUGGAAGGUUCUUAUCUAUGACCGUUUUGGACAAGAUAUCAUCUCUCCACUACUUUCUGUGAAAGAGCUGCGAGAUAUGGGAGUCACUUUACACCUGCUUUUGCAUUCAGACCGAGAUGCAAUCCCAGAUGUUCCAGCUGUGUAUUUUGUGAUGCCCACAGAGGAAAAUGUGGACAGAAUUUGUCAGGACCUAAGGACGCAACUCUAUGAAUCAUAUUAUUUAAACUUCAUCUCUGCCAUUUCCCGCAGCAAACUGGAGGACAUAGCAAGUGCAGCACUGACAGCUAACACAGUGUCUCAAGUAUCAAAGGUCUUUGACCAGUACCUCAAUUUCAUCACGCUAGAAGAUGAUAUGUUUGUGCUCUGUAACCAGAAUAAGGAACUGGUUUCUUAUCGUGCAUUGAACAGACCUGACAUCACAGACACUGAAAUGGAAACUCUGAUGGAUACUAUUGUGGAUAGCCUCUUCUGCUUCUUUGUAACCCUGGGAGCAGUGCCAAUAAUACGAUGUGCAAGAGGGAACGCAGCUGAGAUGGUGGCAGUGAAAUUGGAUAAGAAACUACGUGAAAAUCUUCGAGAUGCUAGAAACAGCUUAUUCACCGGAGAUAAUUUGGGGGCUGGGCAGUUCAGCUUCCAAAGGCCUUUGUUAGUUCUUGUGGACAGAAACCUGGACCUGGCAACCCCUCUUCACCACACGUGGACAUACCAAGCACUGGUGCAUGAUGUUCUGGAUUUCCACCUCAACCGUGUAAAUCUAGAGGAUUCCCCUGCAGUAGAAAAUAGCCCGGCUGGGGCACGGCCCAAGAAGAAGAAUAAGAAAUCCUAUGAUCUGACUGUAGCAGAUAAGUUCUGGCAGAAACAUAAGGGCAGUCCCUUUCCUGAAGUGGCUGAGGCAGUACAACAGGAGCUGGAAUCAUAUCGCACACAAGAAGAUGAAGUUAAACGACUUAAAACCAUAAUGGGUCUGGAGGGAGAGGAUGAAGGAGCAAUCAGCAUGUUGUCAGACAACACAGCAAAACUAACAUCUGCUGUCAGCUCUCUACCUGAGCUUCUGGAGAAGAAGAGGCUUAUAGAUCUACAUACAAAUGUAGCCACAGCAGUACUGGAGCAUAUCAAGACUCGGAAGUUGGAUGUUUACUUUGAGUUUGAAGAGAAGCUGAUGAGCAAGUCCACAUUGGACAAGUCGCUCUUGGAUAUCAUCUCUGACCCCGAUGCUGGGACUCCAGAAGACAAGAUGCGUCUCUUCCUGAUAUCUUAUAUCACAUCUGUACAGCCACCAUCUGAGACGGACUUAGAGCAGUAUAAGAAGGCUCUUGAGGAUGCAGGCUGCAGUUUGGAACCUUUAAACUAUAUUAGACAAUGGAAGGCAUUUGCCAAGAUGGCCUCUACACCUUCCAACUACGGGAUUGGCACAACAAAAUCCAAAGGCUUACUCUCCAGAGUCAUGAAUACUGGAUCACAGUUUGUCAUGGAGGGGGUGAAAAAUCUGGUCCUAAAACAGCAGAACUUGCCAGUCACUCGAGUACUUGACAGUUUGAUGGAAGUGAAAUCCAACCCGGAGACAGAUGACUACAGAUAUUUUGACCCAAAGAUGCUGCGUGGAAAUGACAGCUCUGUCCCAAGGAACAAGAAUCCCUUCCAAGAGGCCAUCGUAUUUGUUGUUGGAGGAGGGAACUACAUAGAAUACCAGAAUCUUGUGGACUACACAAAGACCAAACAAGGGAAGCAUGUUCUGUAUGGAUGUACUGAACUGUUCAAUGCUACACAGUUUGUUAAACAGCUUUUUCAGCUUGGACAGAAGUGAGGAGAGAUGCUUCCUGCCCACACUCCACUGAACAGGACUAAGACAUUGGAAUAUGACUAAAAUGUGGACCUUUACAUGAACUCUUCCACCGGAUGUUACUACCAACAGAUUGACUGAUGAGUGGAUCUUGGUCUCAGCCUUUAUACUGUCAAUAUAUUAUAGGCCUUGUUGGUGGUCAAGGGCAUAUAUGACAAUUAACUCCUUACUGGAGUUGCCUCUGGUGGCUGCCACACCUGUGAUCAUCAACAUUAAUUAUUUGUAUCAACUUCUACUCAAAAGAGCUAUUUCCAAAUAAAAGUAAAAUGUAAUAUGGUUUCA